AUGAGGGCUGAGAUACUGCCAGUUUGCCCACACCUAGACAGAAGAAGCCGAGAUGCUGUUAUCAAAGAGACUGAGAGAAAUCCGAUAUUGCAGGGAAACCGAACACUGUCAGCACAGCACAGUCAGCACACACAGACUCGCGCGCGCGCAGGGAGCAGGAAGUCAACGGCUCUCCACAAGUCCACGGACAACUAUGGAACACAUGUAGCAGCCAUACCGCGGAGCAAACACGUUCCCGCCGUCCAGACUCUCACCAAGGAACUCUCUUUUGACUUGAUCCCAUUCUGCAUUGUAUUUUUUUAUACGUGUUGCAACCCACCUCGGUUAACCAUACUAACAAGUUUAUUAGUGAAUAUACCUUCUGAAUUGGCCAUUACCAACAGUGCAUCAAUACCAGCAGGUGAAACUAAUCAUAAGGUUGCUGAAAACUCUUCGGCAGUCCACGACCGAUUUCGCCCUUCCACUUUGGACUCAUCAGGUAGGCGCAGUCCCCAAGUUUCCGUCAACCUUAUGUUCUAUAUGAACCCAAAUUGA